GUCCACUAGAAACCAAACAUUUGGAGAAUGAUUAAAGUUAUUUGCAUUCUUGCGUUGAUGGCCGUGGUGAGCUGUCUGGCGCUGCCGGUUGAGGAACAUCCCAAACUAUCACGUCCUUCACCCAUAAAUCCGGAUGUAACCAGCGAUCCGAAACCUGUGGAAUCAAAGGAAGGAACUCCUGCAUCUACCACCACCGAAGGCAACCCACUUUCCAAGGUUCCCGCGUCCGGUGUGAAGCUUAGUGAGGAAGUAGAAAAGCGAGAACAUGCGGCCCAAACAACGGAUCAUCCAGAAAAGCAUAAUCCAAAGCGAUCGCUGGAAUCUGAGGCCACCGAGAGCAGCUCCCCGAAGCCGCCUGCCUUCCGUCGUAAUCAACCAUCGACCACGACGGAGCAACCCAGUAGCACCACAACCAGUAGUACCACCUCAAGCCCGGUUUCGGUGAAGACUCCGGUGGGGACAACCCGUGGUAAGCGAGAAGUUGACAUCACAGCUGCCACCGUCGCUAGUACGGUCAGUACGGCUGCAAAGCGAACGACAACGGUGGCACCAUCCUCGGGCGCCAACAACGAUGAUAGUGAAGGGCCACACUAUGUGCGUCCGGUUCCGGUGGAUCAGAUACUGAAGAACCUUAACCAGCAGUCCGAGAAAUCAGCCACCACCGAAGGUCACAAGAGCCACGAGAAACCGAAGGAGGACGAUGAAUCGGAGGAGGAUUCAAAAGAAGAGCCUCCCAAGAAGGACGGAGGAAGCGAACAAACGACCUCGCACCUAAAAUCGUAUCCCGUGAUCCAUCAACAAGGUGCCUAAGUGUCUCAUACUCUGAAGCUGUUUAAAUGUAUCCAUUUUUUUUCCUCGUUUUUGUGUUGUUGAUAUAGUUUUUAAAUAAAAAAAAACCCGUUAAUGUACCCGCAUGAAAUGGCGACUGCAAGCAAUCG